AUGGAUCUUCUCAAGAAGAAAUUCGACGAAUUGUUUCGGCGUAAUAUGCCGGUGAAAGAAACACACCGGCGCCAAAGGAUAAGGGAAUGGAGGAAAGAGACAGACGCCGUAAUCUCUUCACUGGAGGAAGAGUUCGAUCCACUGGUUGCCAGAGGGGUUUUCAAUCUGCGCCACUCCAACAAGUUAUACCAGCUCCCUGACGAAAUAUGGCUUCUGAUCAUUGGACAUGUCUCCCCAAACAGACAGUCAUUCUUCAUGCUCCGCCAGGUCUGUAGACGCUUCCGAAUCCUCAUGGAAGGGCACGAAUUCCGCGAUCAUCGGUUCACGUCACACCAUGACUGCGACCGCGUAUAUUGUGACGGGCGAGAAACAUUCUGCCCAGGCUCGGGACUGCCCCUGACGAGAGGUUGGCUACAGGACAGAGUGGGAGAGCUCUUGCACAUCGACACGCUCUGCGUGCGAUGUAGCAAACUUGUUUGGUUGAAUCGGCAACACAACAGCAGAUGCAAGUUUUGGGAAGAGGGUCAGCACGGUCGAUGUCACGAGGGGACCAGCGGCCCUCUUCCCAAGUUUUUAUACCGCAGCUUCCGGCGUCGAUCAUGUAUCGGAACCCGAGGCUAUGUCAGAUUGUGUGAGCACAAGACAAUCAAGUGGAAGGAAGUCAAGAAGAAUCUUUUGGAAUGCAGAAAGCUGAUUGAGGAAGACGGAAGCCUCCGAAGCUACGGGGUCGUUGUCAACCAAUGCAAUCACCCAAGCCAUCAGACAGCCAGAUGUGAUGAAGCCACAGGCCCCAAGUGCACACUUGCCUUGAUCAAGUCGGGUGCUUACGUGCUGAACUUGGAAUGGAGUCCACAUUCCGGUAUUGGAGCCUUCCAGUCCUACCAACAUGGUCAGUUCAAGGCCAGUGAGAUGCGGGAUAAGUUUCGGCAAUAUCGUCGCGAAGGGGCAGGCCUCAUUGUGCCCGAGAUGGCACCCGGCCAGCUCCCUGAAAUGACUUGUUUCCCUCUCGGCGAGUGCACCUGUCUCAGCUACGGUAGUGACGAGGAAACAGAGAUGGUUCUGUACGGGUCACAGAAAGACAGCAUCUGCCGGGACAUGAACAACAACCCCGACCACAGACCACUUUGGAGCAGGGAGGGGUUUCAUUUGAGCAAACUUCAUAACGGCUUCUGUCGCUCACAGGUGCAAAUAGACCGUUGUCCAUCCGAGCAAGAAGAGUUGGGUACUUCGCCGUGCAUUGUCACAAAAUACCACCGUUUUAUCGAGGGCUGCUAUUUCGCGUCGGAAAAGUACCCAAAGGUCAGCCAUGCCUGGCUGCAUGCCAUGGAUCGUUCUUCGUACUUUUGGGGAAGCCGCGAGCUGAUGGCCAUGGAAACUUGCAGUACGCCUGGGUGUCGUAAUUCCUAUUCGAUGGGCGUGUAUGGAUGUUACGAAAGACCCUACGACAUGCUUUGGACCGCGUUGGGAACUGCGUGA